AUGAUUCAAUUAAUUUCACCGAUAGCGGAUAAUAAUACUAUAUUUGGAAACACUUGCUCAAAUGACUCGAAAGCUAUUUACUUUGCUGGUCGGGAGAGAAAAAUCCAGAAAGAUGCUGGCUACUAUAUAUUCCUAGGUCCUUCAUUUCGCAUAGUAAUAGAAGAUGAAAGAAUAUUUGAAUCGAUUAAGAUGGCAUUGCAUCAUUUGCAUCUAUAUCCCUUUGCCUCUGGGUUGGAAAGCGUUCCACAACAAUUUUUGAAUCUAAUCAGGAGCCCACUUCAAUUCAAUAAAGAUGAUCUAAACACCUAUCACCCAUUAAUAUUCUAUCUCACUGGUAUUUUGAGCAUUAGUAUGACAACGGCGACAACGCAAUUGGCUGUAAUAUCACCGAUUAGUGUAAUUCUUAAAAGACUUAAUGAAUUGACAAUAUGGGGUGAUAAUUCUUUUAAUAUGCAUAAGCAAAAUAUACUACUGAAAUACAGUGUGUUUCAAGGUUUGGAUACAAAGUUCUUGUUAUCUGCCUUAUAUGAUUUAGUAAAAGGCAAUGAAGGUUUCUUCUUACUUACUCUGAUUAUAUUAACAAUUGAUUCAAUAUUUCCGAUGCAAUUAGAUGGUUCUAUACCGACGAUAGGGCUAAACAAUAAACUAGCCCAAGUUGAAAAUGCAUUGGAUAUCCUCAAAAACCUUGAAAAUAUUGAUAAACAAAAAGAGAUUGACUUGUUAUUUGCAAAGCUUGAUGAAUUAAAUUUGGGCCAUUGUAACUCUAAAUCGCUAGGGAAAGAUUGUGCUAGUAUGAACGUUGUGACGCAAAAGGCGCCGUUUAUAUUUGAUAUGUACCACAACUUAAGUCCAAAACAUACUUCAUCUGACUUUCUUCGGGAUUCAUUAUAUCUACAUCAAACAAAUCAAAAUGACAUAAAUACUCUUGAAAUGAAUAAAGAGGUCAACCCUUUAGCCAGCAGCAAAUUGUGGAAUCCUAUUCAGUCUUCAAUAACGAAUUCAUACCCUUGGAAUUCGGAAUCUAUUGAUAAGAGUAUUUCUCCUAAAUCUGACUCAUUCUGGUCAUUGGAUGCGAUUACUGAUAAAGCUCCUUAUUGCGAUCUCGUUUCUGAAGGUACCGUUAUCGAUGAUAAAUUUUUGCAAGACCCAAAUUGUGACCAUCAGGAAAGGAUUUAUAAGAAUAGUUUUGAAGACAAUAUUACUAAUACCAAUAACACUUGUUCUGUUUCCUCUGAUCCUAUGUAUAUCAGAGACAAGUAUCAUAAUAAUAUUACUGAGGGCUCACCUCUAGACUCCUCUGAAGGAAAUAAAUCCCAAUCUAAUUCAAAUGAAGGUUAUCAAAAACGAGAAACUACAAAAGGAACUAACCCUAAGGCCGUUAACGAAUAUAGUAAAUACAAUACAAGCUCACUGAACCAGCAAACCGAAUCUAACGGAUCUCGUGAUAAUGAUGAUGACAAUAAUGGCGAUGAUGAAAAGAAUCACUUCAAUACAUUUAAAAACAAUGAUAAUUCUGGCUCAGAUUCUGAUUCUGACUCGGAUUCCGAUUCUAAUUCUGAAUCUGAAGCCGGAGCUGAAUCUGUAUUCGAUUCAGAAUCUAACUCAGCUAGUGGGCUGUAUAAAACCGAAGAUGAUAAAGAGGAACAUGAUGUUGUUGAAAUGUUAACAGAUUUAUUUCCUAUUUAUCCUCGAAGUGAAUUAGUUGCGAGAGUCAAAUCUACAAGUGAUGUUGAGAACUUAAUCGAUGUUUUGUUCUCGGAGCAAGAAGACCAAAGUAAGUCUUUUGUGGAAGAGACUAAUGCUGAAAAUUAUUCAAGCGACGUUCGUACGUUAAAGGAAAUAUUCCCUGAAUAUGAUUUUGAAGUACUACGGAAAAUUUUGAAUAGAAAUGACGAAAACAUUGCACUCGCUUCAGCAGUCAUCUUGCAGGGUGAUUCCGAAGAAAUAUCUUCCCUAGAAGAUAAGACGAAAAAAUUUCUAAUGAAAAAUCGUAAUAAUACAGUACAACUGCAGUCUUCAUGGGUUGUAUUACAGACAGAAGCCAGCAGGCUUGAAGAUAUUUUAAAUAUCCCAUCUCAACAGUUGCUAAGUUAUUUACAUAAGCACGAAGGUAAGUUCCAUGAAACUCUCAUUGCUAUUAUAAAUGAUAACUCUGUGAAGAGACUGAGUGCAUCAUCAGCGUCGUCGUCAAGUAGCAGGUCGUCACUCUCGUCCUUUUCUCGACACGUACCAAAAGGAGGUCGAGUACAGGGCCCAUCAUCGAAGCCAACGAAUCCUGCCCCAAGUAUACGGUAUGGGAGUAUACCACCAGAAGAUUCUUACACAUAUGACGAAAAUAGUCUUGAGGCGAAAGAAAUAAAAGCAAUCUACGUAGGAAAUCCCGAAUUCAAAUCUAUAAACGAACAAUUUUUCGAAAAAUCAUUGGUCUUCUUCCGUGGAGACGUUGCGAAAGUAAUCGAAAUUGCAGCAUUGUUGGUACAAGACAAAGCGGGUCACAUCACUUUCAGGCAGAAACCGCCAGCGAUGAGUUUUUCUAGCAUUUCGCAAGCUGGUACUGGAAAGAGAAAAAAAUCAGUUUCCCUAAUCGAACCCUACAAGCCUUCUAAUUUAAAUUCGGUAUCCCCAACUGUCUACGUCUCUCUGUCUGAUUCUAACUCCGGUUCGAUUAUCGCUACUUCCUCUCGCUCCCCUACUCCCACCGAUGAAAUUUCCCUUAUGAAAGAGAAAUUGAAGUCUGCCGCGAAAACUAAUACUCUUGACUUGCAUAAUCUCACAGUGCCGAUCGCACUUGAGGCUACAGGUCAGGCUCUACGUGAUUGGUGGAAAGACGAAUUGGACCAAAGACAUGUGGAUGGUAAUCUCACCAAAUUUGGUUCGAGAGUUCAAUUUGUGAAUCCACUCAAUUUGGUUACAGGUCGCGGAAUCCAUUCCCAAGGAGGGAAAGCCAAGAUUAGAAUUGCUGUCAAAAAGUACUUAACUAGAAAUAAUUAUGUCUUUGAAGAGUAUUCAGGCCGAUUUGAAAUUGAAGGUAAACGAUAG